AUGGAAAUUAAACAAGAACUUGAUCGAACGAAUCCCCCAAAGAAACUACGAAGAUUUGUUAAUGGACUGCCUUUCCCGCUUGGCGAUCAUCCGUGGUGGAUUGAUGCUACAACUCGUGCGGCUGAAGACAAGGACACUGAUCCAAGAGUACAUCAAGAACAGGUUAUUGACAUCCUUGAUCACAAAGGCUUCUAUGUUCAGGCCUUUGUUGUCUCUGCGCUGGGAUUUCUUGCAGACUCGUACGCUCUCUUCGCUACAAAUGUCAUCCUCCCUUUACUGGCUUUCUUAUACUGGCCUGAUCGAACAGACAGCCUUCCAGAGUUAUAUAUCAAUGUCGCUACUUUAUCAGGAUCAGUUAUCGGCCAGCUACUGUUUGGUUGGCUGACUGACCGACUGGGGCGAAGAAAGAUGUACGGUCUCGAGCUUGUUCUAGUCAUAUUUGCGACUCUCGGAAUGGCUCAGGCCUCAACAGGUAUACAUCAAAACAUGAAUAUCUUGAGCUGGAUAGUCUUCUAUCGCUUCUUUCUCGGCCUAGGCAUCGGUGCCGAAUAUCCUCUUAGUGCGGUGAUAACUGCUGAGUUCGCUAGUACGAAAUACCGAGCUCGUAUGAUGGCACUUGUGUUUUUGAUGCAACCACUGGGUCAAGCCCUUGCAUCAGCUAUCGGCUGGGGAGUUAUGACCAGGUUGAUGAGAUCACGAGGCCUAGAUAACCUACCAGAUCAGGGACCGGCAUUUGAUCAACUCCCCAUAGACCUGCAAUACCUUAUCAUGGCAACACUUGAUAGUGUUUGGCGCUGGGUGAUUGGUGCUGGCUGCAUUCCCGCCCUACUUGCGAUCCUUUGGCGAUUUUCAAUUCCUGAAUCACCUCGUUACAUUAUGGAAGUGGACGAUGAUGCCCCUAAAGCACUUGCAGUUACAAAACGCCAGCUAGCGCAAACUGUAGCCUCGAUGGAAUCGCAAAGAACAUCGUCCGAUGGCCGUGAAAAUCCAAGUCAACCAGCUUCCAGUAAUAUCAUUUUGACUCUAUCUUCACUAAACUCACCAGAGCCACUGCAUCAACUACCUCAUCAGCCACAGCAAGGGCGUACUUUAGCAUUUUGUACGGAGUUCUAUACUUUUCUGAAGGAUGGAAACUGGCGAUAUCUUGCAGCUACAUCUAUUUGUUGGUUCCUAUUUGACUUUUGCUUCUAUGCGCUGGGAAUUAAUUCUCCUCGUCCUCUUGCUGCCCUUUGGGCCUCCGCCGUUCCCAAUAUCACAGUGGUCACUACCCUUCCAACGGUUGCGGCUACAAUCACAGCACCGAUUACUCAAGCUGUGUCUAUCAGUGGUACCAUGUACAAUAUUUCAACCUCAGUCCUUGUGAAAGUGCCACUUCCGACAAAAACUAUGAUGAUUAAUGCUUCUGCUACCGAUCCCAGCUUCAGUGCGCCCAAUUACGUCAAUAUCUGGCACCCAACAAGCAAUAUGUUCCAUGAGCUCUGCUAUAAUUCAUAUGUUUAUAUCUACACGAUCUCUAUUACGUCCUUGCUUGGAAGUGCUGUUCUUGUUCUUCUUAUUGACUAUGUUUGGCGGAAGACGUGGCUGGUAACAUCAUUUCUAAUUCUUAGUGUCCUUUUCGCAAUUCUGGGAGGUGUUCUGGUGGCUACUGAGUUCCACGGCGGGCAUUGGGCCAAUGUCAUCCUUUAUGCCAUCUGCCAAUUUUUUUUCAACCUUGGACCAAAUCCCUUGAUCUAUAUUGUGAGUGGUAACAUAUUUUCAACAGCUAAGGCACCAAUAACUAAUUAUUUCCAGAUAGCCGCAGAAAUCUUUCCUACAAAAUUUCGUUCCACCUGCCACGGAAUAUCAGCUGCAAGUGGAAAGAUCGGCGCUAUUAUUAUAACCGCUGUGACCCAAACAUCUGCCAUAAGGACCAAUCCGCAUGCUUUAGGUAUACUGCUCGGAGUCUUCUCAAUACCUUUAGCUAUGGGUGCACUAUUCGCAUGGGUAUGGCUUCCGAAUUUACAGAUAAAGCCAAAUGAACCAGCUCGAGCAAUGCGAUUCCCAUGGCUAAUGUCUAAGAGUUUAGAGAGGCUGGGCAAGGGGUGGAAAUAUGCUACUGCUGACUCGGCCAUUGAUCCUAGAACUAACUUACCAAAAGGGGAAAGCCAGAAACUCGGGUUCUCUAAGAAGAUUGGUGAUCUAUGGAGGCGAAAGAAGAAUUUUGAGGAGACACCAAGGUAG